AUGGGUCUGCACCGAGAAUGCUGGCUACUGCCCUUUGGGCUGCCUGGUGGCACACCUGGUGCUGCUGCUCAGCGCGCCGCGGCCUGUGGAGAUUCGACGCCCCGAGCCUACCGACUGGACGCGCAGCUCUUCUCCCCAACCGCCCUGCACACCUGGGAGAAGCUGGGUGUGGGCUUGGGCUACUUCCUUUGGAACCCCACUGGCUUCAAGCUGGCGGACCUGCUGUACAGCGGCUGGCCCUUGUUCGCAUUGCUCCGGGAGAUGCGCCUGCCCUUGGCCAGGCUGGCGAAACUCAGCACUGGUGAGACCCACGCGGAUGAGUACUUUCACAUCCUGAAGCUCCGCAGGUCAGCAGUUGCGACGGGGAGCCGGCAAUCCGUCACAGAAUGGAUGGCUCGCAUCAUUUGCAUCUACAAGCCGGCCUGGAUGCAGGACACGAGCUGCCCCACUUUGGAGGCAGAAACCGCUCUGGAGAAGGCUGAGGAGCUGCUCCGGAAGGCCGGUCAUGCCAGCAAGUCCGCGCUCCUGGGCUUCGAGGCGCAGCUCGCGGUGGCCGAGCAGGCGCUGAAGCGGCUGCUGCGCUGGUUCCAGCCUCUGCCCGGCGAGUUCCAAGCCCCGGCGGCUCGCCUCGCCGCAGGUCUGCUCAUUGCGGGUGAUGUCGCUCUCCCGCGGCUGGAGCGGCUGCAGCGGCUGCUGCAGAAGAUGGAGGUGCGCUGGCCAACAUCGGAGGAGAGGCUAUUCCCUGCGCAAGAUUUGCCGGAACAAUUCGCAUUACUGGCAGAGGCGGCAUACGUGCAGCGGCUCUUUGAUCAGCUGACAAGGCCGGUGUUGACCUUCCACGACACGAGGCCGGAAGCGCCCCACGAGGCCUGGUUGGUCUUCCUGUGGGGCGGUCGAGAUGCCAAGGCCGAGGCACGUGCUUGGGUUCAUGGCGAGGCAAUCCGGACGUUGGCACACUCCGUCCGGAAGGCCGAGGCCGUGCAAGGGUCACUGGUGCGCCAGCUCAAAGCGAACGCCUCAGUUAUGCGAGCAGACUGGACCCAUGCUGGUGCCACGCCGCUGUCCGAGCUGGACUGCAAUGCAACCUACUCGGGCACGGUGACCAAUGUGGGCCAGUUUGGCGUGUUCGUGGACUUUGGCGCGGUGAAGGAUGCACUGCUGAAGGUCCCCACGAAGUUGGGCCGCAGACUUCGGAAGGGGAUGGAGUUGGAGGGCCUCGCCAUUUUGUCACUCGAUCCAGAUGCUGGCAAAGUGGUCAUGGAGGCUGACGAGGAGCAGCUGUCCGAGCUGGAGCCGAGGAAGGCUCCGGCUCGUGCACGCUCAGCCUCGCGGCCGCGGAAGAAGCGGACCAACUGGGAUCACGAAGGAGCGACGCCCUUGGAGGAGCUGCGGGUCGGGGAUAUCUGCGAGGGCCAGGUCACCAACGUCAGCGUCUACGGGGUCUUCGUGGACAUCGGGGCGACCCGGGACGCUCGCCUGAACGUGCCGGCGGCGAUUGGCCGGAGGUUCCGCAUCGGCGAUGAGGUGCAGGACUGCACCAUUGACAUGAUCGACCUGGAGCAACAGCGCAUGAGCGCCAUGCUGCCGGAUCCAGAGGAAGCCGUGCGGCACCUGCCGCCCAAGGAAAGGCAGCCGAAGGAGCCGAAGGAGCCGAAGCCGCAGCCGAAGGAGCCGAAGCCGAAGUCGCCGGCGCAAGCCACGGCCGGCAAGGCCAAGGCUAAGGCCAAGAGCCGCGCCAGCUCGGAGCCGCGCCGGGCAGGCACCGAGCCAGCCAAAAGCGCCCGCGCGCUGCCGGCGCGCGCCGCCUCCGUGGGGCGCGGUGCCACCAGGGGGCGGGUGGCCCCACGCGCCACCGCGCCCAGAGGAGCGAUUCCGCUGGAGGAGAUUUCGGUGGGCGAUGUCUUUGAGGGGACGGUCACCAAUGUCACCACCUCUGGGGUCUUUGUUGACAUUGGUUUGGUGAGAGAUGCGCGGCUAAACGUGCCAGCCUCCAUCGGAAAGAGAUUCCGGCGCGGUGACGUCGUGGAUGAUUGCACCGUGGAGAACAUCGACCUGGACCGGGAGCGCUGCGCCAUCUCUCUUCCAGACCCUCAGGCGGCGGUGCGCCACCUGCCGCCCAAGGAGCGGGGAGGGGGCAGUGGGGGCACUGCCCCCGCGCGGGAGCGGGCGCCCCCGCUCCCCUCGCGCCCGGCGCGGUCGCCGAUCCCGCCGCGGGAGAGGGAGCCACCGGCACGGGAAAGGCGGGGGGCGUCGCCCAAGCCGGCGCCGCGGGCCAAGGCCGAGGCCAAGGCAGCGCCCAAGGCCCGGCCCGAGGCUCGGCCCAAGGCCCGGGCCGAGUCGCAGCCACGAGGUGGAAGCGGAGGAGGUGGAGGAGGCGGAGGCGGAGGAGGCGGAGGCAAAGGAAGAGUUGUGCCCAUCGAGAGGCUUCGGGUGGGGUCUGCAGUUGAUGGUAUUGUCACGAACAAGAACCAGUUUGGUGUCUUCGUGAGCAUCGGCUGCAGCAAGGAUGCCAGGCUCAAUGUCUCGAAGGAGCUCGCCAAGGACUUCCGCAAGGGCGAUGAGAUCUAUGGCAUGACCAUAGAGAGCGUCGCUUGCAGCUGGCUGGAGGACUUGGAGAAGAACCAGAUCUCCUGCAGCCUUGAGGACCCCGAGCUCUUCGUGGAGGAGGCGCGGCGCAGGCCCUUCCUGGUGCUCACCUCUGGAGAGCUGCCGCAGCUCCUGGUGGAGGAGCUUCAGGCAUCGCAUCUUCUGGUGCGGCCGGUAGACCACAACGAGACGGAGCCUCCGUGGAUCUCACCGCGUGCGAGGCGCAGCGCCUGGUUCUCGGAGCGGGGCCUCACCCCGAGCUUUCCGCAGCUGGCGGCCUGGCUGCUGCCCUACCACAGGGCCGGGGUCGUUGCCGACACCUUGGUGCUGGAGAACUGUGAUGAGCUCUUUGACUUGGGGCCAGUGCCGUUUGCGUCUGGCUAUGAGAUGCACCAGGAGCAGCUGGACAUCUCGCGACACGACGGGAGUCGUACCUACAUGCUGAAUGUCGGAGUCAUGACUUUGCAGCCAGACCCGAACUUCCUGCGCUACAUGCGAGCAGUGGCGGCAGGCUACGGAUGCUUUCCGCGGGCGCCUGGAGCACUAUGCGGAGGGCACCUUCCCAACCUUCCAGCAAUUCCUGGACAUCUUUCUCUUGGAGGCGACGGACCGGCGAGGCUUUGCCUCCUGGAACCAGGGCCGAUUCCUAGGCUGCGCUGCUUCGGAAAUGGGUGUGGCUGGCAGUGCCUGGGCGCCGGUGCAUGCGGAGGAGCUGUUGGUUCCAAGCCGGCUGACGGCCUUCGACCACUGCCGCCUGCCUUUGGAUUACCACUUCCUGGCAGACUUCCCUCACGUAUUUCAAGUCGCGGUGGCCGGGCUGGAGCAGGGCCUCCACGCCACAGCCUUCCUGGCGCGGCAGAUGCGGAAACCCAAGAUCCUCCAUUGGCCGGGUCUGCUGCGGAAGCCCUGGCAGCGCUCUGCCGUGGCGAGCAGCGGCUGGGAUGA